AUGAGUCCAGUAGACAUGAAUUCAUAUGAUGAUGCCAAAGGCAUUAUGGCGGACGAAAUAGAGAAGAUGGAGAAUGACUCCUCCAAAGUUGCCAGCGAAUCCUUCACCCCAGCGGAAGAAAAGCGCCUUGUCCGCAAACUCGAUUUCUGGCUUGUUCCCCUAAUGAUGGUAACAUAUACCCUCCAAAGCUACGAUAAGGGCGUUAUGAGCGCUGCUACACAAUUUGGCUUCAACGAAGAUCUGGGUCUCACCGCCGUUAUUGGCCACGAGCCAAAUGGAGCACCCAUAACAGAUAAUCACAAAUACGCCAACGCUUCCAUGAUGUUCUACAUUGGGUAUCUAGUCGGUACAUACCCGAUGAUGUUCCUGGCCCAGCGCUACUCCAUCUCCCGAGUCGUCUCCAGCGCAACGUUUCUCUGGGGCGGCGUUUUGAUGUCCACCGCCGGCUGCUACAACUACGCCGGCAUCAUGGUCAACAGGUUUAUGCUCGGCUUUCUUGAGUCUGCUGUCGCCCCUGCUUUCACUGUUCUGGUUACGUUUUGGUGGACUCGACAGGAGCAGGCCCUUCGUAUGUCCAGCUGGUAUGCCUGCGUCGGAGUCGCAACCGCCAUCUCGCCACUAAUCAACUACGGAUUGGGACAGAUUCAUGGUCCUCUUCCUUCCUGGAAGCCAAUAUUUCUCAUUCUCGGCGCCGUAACUAUUUGUUGGUCUGUAGUUCUCUUCUUCUUCCUCGCCGAUAACCCAAUGACAGCCAAUCGGUUGACAGAGGCUGAGAGACAAAUCGCCAUUCGCAGGCUGGAAAGGAACAAAGCUGGAACCAUUAGCCAUGAAUUCAACAAGACGCAGUUCAUUGAGGCUUUUCGUGAUUACAAGCUAUAUAGCUGUGCGUUCAUUGUGCUUCUCACAGGCGUCCCUUCCGGAGCAUUGGGGACAUUUGGCACAAUUGUCAUCAACGGCUUUGGAUUCAACCACUUCGAUUCCCUGGCACUGACAUGUCCUAUCGGGGCUAUUACUGCAAUUUCAAUCAUCACAGUGGGGUACAUCACUCGAAAGUUUAGAUAUACUCGCUACCUUUCUAUUAUUGUAUGCGGCCUGAUUUCAAUCACGGGGACUUUGAUAUGUUGGUUUGGGCCACGAGACAACCGGGGUCUGUUAUUUGCUGGUAUCUUUCUAGUAGCGGUGCAAGUUGCCUCUGGAGGACUUGCAGUAUCCCUUGCUGCCUCGAACAUCGCCGGCCACACCAAAAAGUCAACCGUGAGCGCUUCCACAUUUGUGGGAUACUGUGUUGGAAAUGUCAUUGGUCCCGUUAUUUUUGGUGCUUCUCCAGGGCCGAGAUACCACGCAGGAUUUGUUGGAAGCUUUGUGUGCUUGUGCGGCGUGGUUGUGAUUGCUGGCAUCACCAGCCUGAUGCUUCACAGGGAAAACAAGAAGAGAGAUAGGCGUAACGGGAGCCCUGUCGAAGCUACUUCCAUUGAUGAGGAUCUCACAGAUAUGCAAAAUAAGGAUUUUCGGUAUAUUCUGUAG